UCGAUCGAUCUCGAUCCAUUUCCGUUUGCUUCUUCUCCUCUCCUCUCCAAGAAGAGGCGAGCUCGCCUCCUCCUCCUCUCGACGCGAGCGGCGAUGCGUGCGGGCGACAUGCCGGGGCGGGGGGCUCGCCGUCGCCCGGAUCUCACCCUCCCGAUGCCGCAGCGCGACGCGCCGACGUCGCUCGCCGUGCCGCUCCCGCUCCCGCCGGCGGCGACGACGACGACGUCCGCGCCUCCCGCGGGAGGGGCGAUGCACCCACUGGCGUCGGCGGGGGCCGCGCCGCCGCCGCCGCUGGAGGAGCUGGAACGGGUGAGGCGGGUGGGGAGCGGGGCAGGGGGGACGGUGUGGAUGGUGCGCCACCGCGGCACGGGCAAGGAGUACGCGCUCAAGGUGCUCUACGGCAACCACGACGACGCGGUGCGGCGCCAGAUCGCGCGCGAGAUCGCCAUCCUCCGCACCGCCGAGCACCCGGCGGUGGUGCGGUGCCACGACAUGUACGAGCGCGGCGGCGAGCUGCAGAUCCUGCUCGAGUACAUGGACGGCGGGUCCCUCGACGGCCGCCGCAUCGCCGACGAGCGGUUCCUCGCCGACGUCGCGCGCCAGGUGCUCUCCGGGAUCGCCUACCUCCACCGCCGCCACAUCGUCCACCGCGACAUCAAGCCGUCCAACCUCCUCAUCGACUCCGCGCGCCGCGUCAAGAUCGCCGACUUCGGCGUCGGCCGCAUCCUCAACCAGACCAUGGAUCCCUGCAACUCCUCCGUCGGCACCAUCGCCUACAUGAGCCCCGAGCGCAUCAACACCGACCUCAACGACGGCGCCUACGAUGGCUACGCCGGCGACAUCUGGAGCUUCGGCCUCAGCAUCCUAGAGUUUUACAUGGGAAAAUUCCCCUUCGGUGAGAAUCUUGGCAAGCAGGGUGACUGGGCCGCGCUCAUGUGCGCCAUCUGCUAUUCCGACCCUCCCGAGCCGCCCGCCGCCGUCUCGCCGGAGUUCAGAAGCUUCGUCGGCUACUGCCUUCAGAAGAAUCCGGCGAAGCGGCCGUCCGCCGCGCAGCUGAUGCAGCACCCGUUCGUCGCCGGACCGCAGCCACAGCCACUCGCCGCCCCGCCGCCAUCGUCGUGACUGCCAAUUCCAUCCGGUCAUCGUGUCAAACUCCAUUUCCAUCUCAUCAAGUUCUUCAUAGCCAAUCCAUUUUCGAGUGUUCUUCAAACACCAUGAUCGUUUUCAUCCAUUGCUGCUGCCCCAACUCAAGGUUCUUCCUCUCUACUGUUCUUUGAUGUUGUUUUAUUCACAAUGAUGAUCAAAUAUUGAGUAAAUCUGGUUUGUACAAAGGAUUUUUUUUUCUACGAGAUCAAGUACAGACAUAAUCCCACUUGUUAGCCAAUUUGCCAUAAAAUUCCCUUAGAAACGAAAAUUUCCACUGUACAAGUAGCAGAUUUUUUUUACUCCAUUUCCACGAUAUUUUGCUUGUUAGUGGUAAGCUGCUUAAUGAUGAUAGUGUGCAAGUUGCCACUCUUCAAAGUGGUUCUUUGGAUUCUACUAUGUGUUCUCUUGCCUAAUUGGGUUCUAUAUUGAGAUUACUUUCUCUAUGUUUUUUUUGGAGGAAAAAAAAGAAUACACUCUCUUUAUUCA